AUGUCUGUAGGUUCGUCUUCUAAACGCUGUUUUUCUCCUCAUUUAGCUGGCCUUCUGUCUUCCGAAAAAGGGUCCUAUUCUUCUGUUGGUAACGAUGCUUUACUUUUGCCUUCUUACGAUGAUAUCGGCGAUUGCACCUUUGUUUGUAGAUUUUGUAGUGCUUUUUUCUGGUUUGAUGAAAGGGUUAUGUAUUUGUCACGUCCAGAUUGCCCUGCCUAUACGCAGUGUUGUAAAUCUGGUUCUAUUGUUUUACCAUAUCCACUUCUACCUCCUAAAUUGUUGCUUGCUCUAUUUGAUUUUCGCCCUUUCAUCAAAAACAUAAGGGCUUAUAAUAGUAUGUUUAGCAUGACGUCUUUUGGAGGUAAGGUGGAUGACACUGUUAAUAGGGCGGAUGGUCCAUAUGUAUUCAAAGUUUCUGGUCAGGUUUGUCAUUGGAUUGGUGCUUUUGAUGUUGUUGAUGAAAAAGGACCAAAGUUUUUGCAAUUGUAUAUUGUUGAUACAGACCAUGAAUUGCAUAAUAGGCUCUCUGCUUUUCCAAAAAAUGAAAAUGGCUGUUUAGAUUCAACAAUAGUUGAGGCUCUUAUGGAUCUUUUUACAGCUCAUAAUGAAUAUGUUAGAACUUUUAAAUGUGCAAAAGAUAUUGCUGCUGAAAGAAACUUACCUGAAUAUGCAGUUCGUCUUUUUAAUGAUGUUCCUAAUCAUCUGUAUGGCCCUCCGGCCCCUGGUAGUUUGGGUUGUAUUGUCGUUGGUGAAGACGCAGUUGGCAGUACAUAUGAUAUAGUUGUGCAUUCAAAAAGUGGUCCUCCGCGUAGGAUUAGUAAACUUCAUCCUAGCUACAUGCCAUUGCAGUAUCCUGUUUUGUUUCCCUAUGGUGAGGAUGGUUGGUCCCCAAGGUUGAAGCUUUUAAAUGAGGUUGGUUCGAAGGCUAGGAAUCUUAGUAUCAACAUGUAUUAUUCUUACCAAAUACAUGCAAGGAAUGGUAUAUAUUCUGUUGUGCUAAAUUCAUGUAGAUUAUUCCAGCAAUAUUUAGUUGACGCAUAUGCAUGUAUUGAACUUUCGCGGCUUGAUUUUUAUGAACAAAAUCAAAAUCACCUAAGAUCAGCAUAUGUUAGUGGUAUUUACGAUGCCAUAUCACGUGGUGAUACUGAUGGUAGAAGUAUUGGUAAGCGUGUUAUUUUACCACCAUCUUUCGUCGGUGGUCCAAGGUAUAUGUACAGUCAUUAUCAGGAUGCCCUUUCUAUUUGUCGGGAAUAUGGGAAUCCACAGUAUUUUAUAACAUUUACGUGUAAUGUUGGUUGGCCUGAAAUCAGCAGGUACAUGGACAUGCAUCGCCAGUUUGAUGUUCCGAGCAGGGCAGACAUAAUCUCACGUGGUUUCCAUAUGAAAGUUAUUGCCUUUAUUAGUUAUUUGAAAUCUGACAAGACGUUCGGUCCUGUUUCAGCACAUCUAUAUACUAUUGAAUUCCAGAAAAGGGGUUUACCGCAUUGUCAUGUGCUCAUAUGGAUAGCAGAUUCCCACAAGAUAAAGGAACCAUCUGCCAUUGAUGCUUACAUUACAGCUGAAUUACCUGACCCUAUUUUGGAGCCAUUAUUAUAUCAGACAGUUACAAGAUGCCUUGUACAUGGACCGUGUGGUUUGCUAAAUACUAAGUCCUCAUGUAUGAAGGAUGGUAAGUGUAAGAAAAGAUUCCCAAAAAAUUUCCAUAACGAUACAGUUUUUGACAAGGAUGGUUAUGCACAUUAUAAAAGGCGAUCUGGUGCGGUCCAUAGGUUAGAAACAGGUGUAGAAAUAGACAACAGGUUCAUUGUCCCGUAUAACAAAAGACUGUGUUGUCGUUUCAAUGCACAUAUAAAUGUCGAGUAUUGUGGGUGGAACAUGAUGAUUAAGUAUUUGUUCAAAUAUGUAUCGAAGGGAAUGGAGCGUGUUAGGUUUGUUAUUCAGAGAGAUGUGCACACUUCUGGAUCUUCUGUUUCAGUAGAACCUCCUAUCAUUGAUGAGAUUAAGAACUAUAUCGAUGGCCGUUUCCUCUGCCCUCAUGAAGCCGCGUGGCGUAUACUUGAUUUUCCGAUUCAUGACCGAGAUCCGUCAAUUGUCAUACUGCCUAUACAUUUGCCAAAUAUGCAAUCUGUGUUGUUUAAAGAAAACAUUAGUAUUAACCAGGUUGUUGACGAUCCCAACUUUGGAAGCAGUUUGUUGUUAGGUUGGUUUGAUAACAAUAAGUGGGAUAGAACUGGUCAUAAUCUUACAUAUAUCUCAUAUCCUACUAAGUACUGGUGGGACAAACAGGCAAAAGCUUGGAAGAGAAGGAAACAUUGUAAUUCCCAUGCAUUAGGUAGACUUAUCUUUGUUCAUCCAUCUGCUGGAGAAUUAUUUUACUUAAGAGUGUUGCUUUGUCAUCAAAAAGGUUGUAGGUCUUAUGAAGAAGUUCGUACUGUCUCUGGCACUGUGUACUCUGAUUUUCGAGCUACCUGUGAUUCGUUAGGUCUAAUAGGGGAAGAUCGAGAGUGGAUGGAUGCUUUUACUGAGGCUUCUGAAUGGGCUACAUCAUCUCAGCUUCGUUCUUUAUUUUGUUAUCUGCUCCUUCUAUGUGAUGUUAACAAUCCUAUGUGUUUGUGGCAUUUUGGAUGGAAGAAAAUGAGUGAUGAUUUGGUACACAAUAUAAACAUGUCAAAUCCUGGUGUUGAUGUAAGUAUAGAUGAUUUGCACGUACAGCAGAUAGUUUUAUAUGAACUGGAUCAUGUGCUUAGGUCAUCUACACCUUCAAAAUCUGUUGUUGAUUUUCAUUUGCCCAAACCUACAGAGGAGACUGUUGCUAUGUUAAGAAAUAGACUUUUUUAG